UUACAACUUAUUUUAUCAAACAUGGCAAAGAAACCUAGUAGCAUGGGUCGUCAAAAGAUCAAAAUUGCCAAGAUAGAGGUCAAGAAUCAGGUUACCUUCUCAAAACGUCGCUCUAGUCUUUUCAAAAAAGCAAGUGAACUGUGCACUCUCUGUGUUGUUGAAAUAGCUAUCAUAGUUCUUUCCCCUGCAAGAAAAGUCUUUUCCUUCGGCCACCCUAAUGUUGAGUCCCUUAUUGAUAGGUUCCUCUCGAGAAAUAAUAAUAAAAAUAAUCCAAUCGCAAAUAAUUCACUUCAACUUGUUGAGGCUCAUCAAAAUGUUAAUGUUUGUGGGCUCAAUUUUCAAGUCACUCAAAUUCUUGGUGAGGUUGAAAUUGAGAAGAAAAGAGGUGAAUCACUUGAUCAAAUGAGGAAAACUAGUCAGAGCCAAUGUUGGUGGGAAGCUCCCAUAAGUCAACUUGAUUUGCAAGAACUUGAACAAUUAAAGGAUUCAAUGGAAGCUUUGAAAAAAUAUGUGACUAAUCAGACAAACAAGUUUAUGGUUAAUGAGAUUGCUAAUUCUUCUACUUUUUUUGGUGAUAAUGGUAAUGGGAUCUUUGACAACUAUGAUAUCAAGCCACCUAGAACCAUGCCUUCUUCAAGUGAUCUUCACAACCAUACCCUUGGUUUUGAUUCAGCUGCACUUUUUUAAUUCUUUUUUUUUUUGUGCGUCUCUCCAUUCCAUUUUUUGGAUUUUCAUUCGGAGUCUUGACACUAAUUUGGGGCCCGACUAAUUAAGAUUUUCAUCGAUAUGCAACUUCAUGUGGACUAUAAUAAUCGCCCCAUCACAACCUGUAAUGGUCCAGUGAGUACCUCACUUGCUGGCUGACCUUUGCUCUAAGUUCUUCAAGUUCUCAAUUUGUGCAUUUAUUUGCUAAUAAGCAACAACAAAUGAAUCAAUAUAAGAUU